CGUUCGAGUACUUUUCAACAACACCACUGGACCAAUGGUCUGGUUUUGCAGGCUUCCGCCAUUCGCCUUUCUCUGCUGCUCCACCUUGCCGCCUUCAUUCCAUGCCUCCCUCUCUCGUUUCUCAUGACGAAGCCAACGGGACUUCUCGACAAACUCAUCAAGCCCUUUAAUCGCCGUCAUAAUCGAGAUUUUCGGAAAGAAGAGGAAGAUCUUGAGGCAAUCGCGGCCAAGGAGACCAAGGUCUUCCGCUACGAAACCCUUGCGGCCGCGACCCGCAAUUUCAGCGUCAAGCACAAGCUUGGAGAAGGGGGUUUUGGCCUUGUCUACAAGGGGCAGUUGGAGGAUGGGAGGAUGGUGGCAGUAAAGAGGCUGGGUCGCUGGUCUCUGAUGGGUGGCGAGGAGUUCACAAACGAGGCGAUGUUGCUCUCCAGGGUUCAGCACAAGAACGUAGUCACUCUCUAUGGCUAUUGUACGCACGUUGAAGACAAGCUCCUCGUGUACGAAUACGUUCUCAAUGAAAGCCUCGACAAGAUCCUCUUCUCCCGAGAAGACAAGGAAGCAACAAUGAUGUUGGAUUGGAAAAAGCGCAAUGAUGUGAUGAUUGGGGUAGCUCGAGGACUUCAAUACCUGCACGAGGAUGCACACACUCCUAUAAUCCAUAGUGACAUCAAAGCUAGCAAUAUCUUGCUUGAUGAGAGGUUCUGCCCAAAAAUUGCAGACUUUGGUAUGGCUAGACUCUUCCCAGAAGACCUUACCCAUGUCAACACUCGUGUUGCUGGCACUAAUGGCUACAUGGCUCCAGAGUAUGCCAUGUAUGGCUACCUUUCGACUAAAGUUGACGUCUUUAGCUUCGGUGUCCUCAUCAUUGAACUCAUUACAGGUCAAAAAAACUCAACGUUUACUCCUCGGUCUGAUGCUUCCACACUACUUGAAUGGGCAUGGAGGCUUCACAAAAAGAGACAGACCAUGGAGAUGCUUGAUCCUGCUCUGGAAUCCAUAGCUGAUACUGAACAGGUGGUUUUGUGCGCACAUGUUGGUCUUCUAUGCACUCAGGCUGACCCCAAAGUAAGGCCGGAAAUGCGGCGGGUUGUGGUCAUCCUCUCAAAGAAGCCAAGUGCCCUCGAGGAGCCAAUCAGGCCAGGAGCUCCUGGCUCCAGAUACCGAAUGAGAGCUCAUGGUUCUGCCAGCAAAUUUUCGAGCACAAGCUCUGGUGCUUCCACCUCUGCCUCUAACAUUGUCUUUUCUUCUAAAGCUAAUGAUACAGCAACUGUGUCUUCGCCUUUGGCUUCUGCUGCUACUAGUUCUAGCACUACCCCAGUAAGAAGUUCUAUGCCCCUUCCUUAUAAGUUCCAUCAUACAAUUUGAAUGUUGAAAUGUUAGAUUGCCAUCUAGCACUCAAAACAUUGCUAUUUACAGAUCUAACACUCUUGUCUGUCCAUGUUUGUAAUUCUUUCUCAAAUAUUAAAAAUCAUAAUAAAACCUCAACCCAUAUUUUUCAUUUUUAUCAAAUUCUCAAUGGCUUCAUCGUGGCAACCGUAGAUGCAUCAAUUUGGUAGUUAAAAAAAUCACAUUGGUGCUAGUUUUGUAAAUAGCAAUGUUUCAAAUGUUGUGUAUGUAAUUAUCCCCUUGUUUUAUUUUCUUUGCUUCUAUUGUAAUCAAUGACAGUAUUUUAGAAAAAAAUUUAUGACAGAUGACUGACUUUAUUUGAG